AUGACUUUAAUUUCACAAGCAAAAAACCUCUUUCCACCUUUAAUUCUUUAUCGAAAAAUUUUACGUUCUCAUCGGUCGUUACCACCUUCAUUACGAUCAAUCGGUGAUAAUUAUGUUAAAGCUGAAUUUAAACGUCAUAAAGAUAUUACAAAUCCUAUUCAUAUUGUGGGAUUUCUUGAUCAAUGGCAAACUUAUUUGGAUGUAUUAGGAGCUCAAACAUUUUCCGCCAAAUCCGAAAAUAUUACAACGUAUGGGAAGAAAAUUGAUUUGGAUAAAUUAGAAAGAUUUAAUGAUCAACAACUUGGUCAAUUGUAUGAGUUGAGAAAGGAAGCUAAAGACAUUUGUAAAGUAAAUUUAGAAGGAAUCGAUAAUAAUAUUACGGAUGUCGAAAAUUUGGUUAUUGAGGAAAAAAAUAAUAAAAAUGAAUUACAUACGUAA